AUGGCCGACUCGGAUGAGGAAUACGUGGGAGAUGUGACCGAGGACGAGGACGACUUCCCGGUCGCCCGGAAUGACCGCACUCGCUCCGGGAAGCGAAAGCAGCGCGGCGGCGCAGAGUGGGAGCUCUCUCGAACCUGGGAGACUCUAGUAGAGGGCGCGGACGGAACAAUCAGCUCUACGGUUGAAGGACUACUUGAAGCCGGGAAGCGAAAGAGGCUGCUGAAAGACACGACUCCUCUACAGCGCGGCAUUAUACGACAUGUCAUCUUGAUUCUUGACCUUUCACAGUCUAUGUCCGAGAAAGAUCUGCGACCCACACGAUACCUCUUGACACUUCGAUAUGCGCAGGAAUUUGUGCGAGAGUUUUUUGAACAGAAUCCCAUCUCCCAACUCGGAGUCCUCGGCCUACGAGAUGGUUUGGCUCUUCGAGUAAGCGACAUGAGCGGCAAUCCGACAGAACAUCUUACAGCCAUCCAGUCACUCAAGAUCCAGGACCCGAAAGGUCUUCCCAGUCUACAAAAUGGUCUUGAAAUGGCUCGAGGCGCCCUCUUCCAUACCCCCAGCCAUGGUACUAGAGAAGUGCUGGUCAUCUUCGGCUCCCUCCUAUCUUCCGAUCCCGGAGAUAUACAUCAUACUAUCAAUACUUUGAUCGGCGAUAAGGUGCGUGUCCGGAUUGUCGGCCUUGCCGCCCAGGUGGCUAUCUGUCGUGAAUUGUGCACCAGAACGAAUGGUGGUGAUGAAACCGCAUAUGGAGUUGCCCUCAAUGAACAACAUUUCCGGGAGUUAAUGAUGGACGUGACAACACCGCCGGCUUCGUAUUCGCAGAAACAAUCGGCAAGCUCAUUGUUGAUGAUGGGCUUUCCUUCGCGGACCGUGGAGGCCCGUCCAUCACUCUGCGCAUGUCACUCGAAGCCGUCACGAGGCGGGUAUUUGUGCUCGCGAUGCGGCAGUAAAGUGUGUAGCUUGCCCGCGGAGUGCCCCUCCUGCGGACUCACUCUUAUUCUGUCAACGCAUCUUGCACGCUCGUAUCACCACCUGUUCCCUCUGAUGAACUGGGCUGAGGUACUGUGGCGCCAAGCCUCACGAAGCUCCGCUUGUUUUGCUUGCGGACUUUCUUUUCCGGUAGUGCCUCCCGAAGACCAAUGGCAAGUCACUGAGACUCACGCCAAAGGAAUGAGUGUAAGCAGUCGUUAUGAAUGUAUAACCUGCCAUAACCACUUCUGCAUUGAUUGCGAUCUGUUCGCGCACGAGGUUGUCCAUAACUGUCCUGGCUGCCAGAGUAAUAGUGUUGGAGCAUCCCACAAUGAAUCAGAUAUGCCUGAUCGGAUGGAUACGACCGUGUAG